AUGAGUGUCGUCUUUGGAGGUAGCGAGGCAUCGGCUGCCCACAGUCAUUCUGCUAAAGUGUCCGACAGCGCGUUGGAUCUUUUCACUGUUCCGCCUACCAACGUCGCCUACAAUUCCUACUGUAUCGUGGAAAUCAACCCUACCAUCGAAAGCACGACCCCCGUGGAAUUUGUUCUGCCUGGCAGCCGGGAAUUCAUCGAUUUCACCCGCAGUUAUUUCCACAUUGAACUCUCUCUCAAGGACAGUGCAGACAAUGCCAAUGUAGCAAAAGGGGAUAAUGUGUGGAUGGCCAAUAACGCGUUCCAUACCAUCUUCAAGCAACCGUCCAUCUACGUCAACGGCACCCUCACCACCGAGCAAACAGAUACCUACGCUUACAAGGCCUACAUUGAAACCAUUCUCAAUUACGGCACUGAAGAUGAGGAAACAUUUUUACAGGCUCAAGGGUAUUACUCGGCUGUAGAUCAUCCCCCCAGCACACUGUCAGACAAUGAAUGGACUGGCACUCAUGCAGAUUACAAAGCCAUGCCCAAGGAAUGUCGAAAAGCCAUGGACAAUAUGAAACUCAUGCAAGCUAGAACCGUCGAUGGAAAAGUCCUUCAAUUGUUUGGCAUGCCUCAUUGUGAUUUGCUGAAUUCAGGUAGAAUGCUUAUCCCCGGAGUGGAUCUGAAGACGAGAUUUACCCUCAACGACCCCAAGUUCUUUCUGAUGAGAUUGACUUCAAGUUCUGCAAAGCCUGUCUUGAAAUCUUUCAACAUGAAAUUCUUUGCCUGCAUGGUCAAAGUCAGGUCGGAUAUCUACAACGAAAUUGCUAGGAAAAGAUUGAAAGAAAACAAAAAUGUCUUUAUUCCCACCGUACGAUCUGAGGUGAGGACCUUCACCGUUCAAAAGAAUGAUACGGAAUUUCAGGCCACGGAUGUGUUCACCAGAAGAGUCCCACAUCGUGUCGUGGUAGGACUGGUCUAUCAGUCUGCAUUUGGAGGACAUUACGAGUUUAACCCCUUCAGUUUUCAAAAAAAUCACAUCACCAGUAUCAAGCAGGUCAUUGAAGGAGAAGAAUACCUGUACACCACCUUGGAAUUGAACAGUAACGAUGCAGAUAAAGACAUGGAAGGGUACAACAGACUUCUCAUGGGGAAUUGUUGCAAGUUUAAAGGGAGAUCAAACCAGAACAUUGGGAACAUAACAGAAAUACCACGCUCUUCAUGUGGGACAACGUGGCUUCUGGAUGCGCCGACAGUGUUUAAUUGA